GCAGGCUACGGAUCGGUGCUGAAUGUGGAUGGCGAGGUUGAGAUGGAUGCCCUUAUCAUGGAUGGGAAAACAUUAAAUGCAGGGGCGGUGGGCGUGAUCCCGGACGUGCGCCACCCCAUCGACGCGGCGCGCCUGGUGAUGGAGUGCGCGCCGCACGUGCUGCUGGUGGGCGAGGCGGCCAAGCGCUUCGCCGUGGCGCGGGGCGUGGAGGCGGCGCCGCCCGGCGCCCUCGUCACCCCCAGGGCGCAGGCCGCGCUGCGCAAGGCCGUGGAGCGCGGCGACUACACCAUGCACGACACCGGUGGCAGCACUGUGGGCGCUGUCGCCAUUGACGCCCGUGGCCACCUCGCCAGCGCCACCUCCACGGGCGGCACCUCGGGCAAGAUGGUGGGCCGCGUGGGAGACACGCCGCUUGUAGGAUGCGGUGGUUAUGCAGACGACACCGUUGGAACUGUUUCCACCACCGGUCAUGGAGAAUCUAUUAUUAAAACUAAUUUGGCCCAUUCUAUCAUCGUCUUAAUGAGACAGGGUCUUUCAGCGCAAGAUGCCACUCAGAGAGCCCUGGACGAGUUGGGACGGCGACUCAAUAACACUGCCGGGGCCAUCACUCUCUCCAACAAAGGCGACGUGGGAGUCGCUUUCAUCUCCAAGAGGAUGUCGUGGGCAUAUCGCAAAGGCAACGAAAUGCACUACGGCAUAGACCCUGACCAACACUGCGUGGAAAUUGUGCAAGAAAAAGAGAACAAAUAAACCGUAGAAAUGGCUGCCGCAAAAUAUCUGAAAUUUUAAGAAGGUUCUAUUGAAAAGUUGGAAUUAGGUGUUUUAAAAUAUUUCUUGAAUAUAUAUAGAUAU